AUUCCCCACCCGCUUUAUCAUUUAAUUUUAGUAUCAUACAAAUCUCACCUUAUAAUUUCUCGCCAUAAAGGCUAAAACAAUAAAAUUUAAAGAAAGAGCACACAAACUCAGGCAAGUCUAUCUCUUUUGUCUUCUAACCAGUGCGAAGUAAAUAUAUAUUUAGAAAGAAAAAAAAACAUUGGGAUAAACACAACAGAAGAAUGGGGAAAAAGCUGGAUGCUUUGCUGAGGAGAAGUUUCAAGACCUCAAAAUUCAAGGCCACGGUGGCUAUGGCUGUUUCCCGGCUGGCCGUGCUCAGAAAUCAGCGCCACGCUCGGUGCUCGAUUGCCCGAUCCGACGUCGUCGAGUUUCUUAAGAAUAACAGCCAUGAAAGAGCUCUUAUCAGGGAUAUGAAAUUCGGUUUAAAAGUAUGCACACUGUUACUUUUAAUAGUUAUAUUGGAGCUCAAGGUGGUUCAUGUUGACCAGGUGAUCAAGGAGCAGAACAUGUUGGAUGUGUUUGUUUUGGUGGAGGGCUAUUGCCAUCUGUUGAUAGAAAGGGUCCACCUUUUUGAACAACAAAAAGUUUGCCCUGAAGAGUUGAAAGAAGCUGUAUCAACUCUAAUAUAUGUUGCCUCAAGAUCUGGGGAGUUUCCGGAACUUCAACAGAUUCGCUCGAUUUUCACCUCACAUUUCGGGAGGGAAUUCGCUGCUAGGGCCGUCGAGCUACGCAAUAACUGUGGGGUGAAUCCUAAGAUUAUACAAAAGCUGUCGACUAGGAUGCCAAGCUUGGAGAGCAAAAUGAAGGUUCUCAAGGAGAUUGCUUCAGAAAACAACAUUGAUCUAGCAAUCGAGGAGACUGCAGAAUAUAUGGAAUCGUCUCACGAAAAGACACACGUGUUGGGCCCAUCGGCCCCGUUUGAAUUUCCACAUCAAGAAGAGAAUCUCGAAGCACCAAACAACCUAGAAUUAGGUCCAAGGAGAAAAUACCGAGACGUGGCUGACGCAGCACAAGCAGCGUUUGAAUCGGCGGCUUAUGCCGCCGCUGCCGCCCGAGCCGCCGUCGAGCUGUCCCGUCCCGGGCCCUCCGAACCCAGCGGGCCCACGAAAACCGAACUCCAAAACAUCGAGAUUAUUGACGAGACUAAGGAAUCCGAAAACAUCCUCCACACGAAUGAAAAUGCGGCGGCAGUUGAUGGUGGUGAUGGAGGGUUCGAAAGAGGUGAUGUAAAGAGUUAUAAUACACAGUUUUGUAUUGAGAAGGAAGAAAGAAGAGAGGCUUUGAGCAUCAACAGGAUGCCGAUAUCUGUGAGGACGAGAAGGGCACGAUGA